AUGAGAGACUAUAAAUUAGUUGUUCUCGGUGCCGGUGGUGUUGGGAAAUCCUCCAUCACCGUUCAGUUUGUCCAAGGAGUAUAUUUUGAAUCGUAUGACCCGACAAUCGAGGAUUCUUACAGAAAGCAAAUCGAAGUCGAUGGCAAAACUGUCGAGUUGGAAAUUUUGGACACUGCAGGGGUGGCCCAAUUCACAGCAAUGAGGGAAUUGUAUAUCAAGUCUGGACGGGGGUUCUUGCUCGUUUAUUCCGUGACCGAUGAAAACUCGCUUAAGGAAUUGUUGACCCUCAGGGAACAAGUGUUGAGAAUAAAAGAUAGCACCAACGUGCCAAUGGUCUUGAUUGGUAACAAGUGUGACCUUAGUAAUGAAAGAGUCUUGAGUCCCGAAGACGGUAUCAAUGUUUCCCAACAGUGGGGGAAAGUCCCAUUCUACGAAACCAGUGCCAGAGUGAAAACUAACGUGGAAGAAGCGUUCACCGAUGUUAUUCGUCAAAUCAUGAUUAGAGAAGCCAUGACCUCACCAACUAAUGACAAUCAUUCAAUACCUGCCUUGCCUCCUUUGAAGAAUAACGGUAACUCAGGAACUAACCAAGCUUCCAGAGCUAAUCCACCAGCCAGACCUCAAAACAAAAAAUCGAUGGGCAACCUCAAGCAAAAGAAGAAGAACAAGUGUGUGAUUUUGUAA